GCCCCCGGGGCUUCCCGCGGCUCCAUCCAGACCACUGUCCUCCACGGCGAGCCCUCAGCCUCUGGGCAAAGCCCACCUGGUCCGCUGAGCAGCCAGAGCUUCUGGUAACAGUGGAGCCCCCACCCCAUGCCAGCCAAUGGCUCAUCCUGGAGAGCAACUGCCGGAGGAGGUGCUGGCACUCAUCUUCCGCCACCUGCCCCUGAGGGACCGUGCUGCUGCUGCCAGGGUAUGCAGAGCCUGGGCUGCUGCUGCCACCUGCAGUGCUGUGUGGCAUGACACAAUCGUCAGUUGCGACUGUGAGGGAGAAGGCAUGCUGCCACCGUAUCUGUCCUCUUGCCUGGACUACGUUCACAACCUGUGGCUGGAAUUUGAGCCGUCGAGGGAGCGGAGCCGCCGGCUGGCCACGCAGCUGCUGACCGCACUGGCGGGCCGUACUCCGGGGCUUCGAGGCCUGCAUUUGGAGUGCCGCGGAGAGAAGCCACUCUUCGAUGCAGGGCGAGAUGUCCUGGACGCUGUGCACGCCAUCUGCCGGGCCGCUCCAGCGCUGCGUCAUCUUGACCUGCGGCGCUUGCCCUUCACUCUUGACGAUGCACUGGUGCUGCAGGUGGCACGCGGCUGCCCCGAGCUCCGCAGCCUUUUCCUGAACAACAGUACUCUGGUGGGCAGCGUGGGGCCGGGCUCCGUGCUCGAGCUACUGGAGGCCUGCCCGCGCCUGUGCACCCUCGGCCUGCACCUAGCCAGCCUGUCACACCCCGCCCUCGAUGUACUGGCGGCACCACACCGUGCACCUUUGGAGCUCCUGGCUUUGCGGUGCGCCUGCCCAGAGGACGCACGCGCCCCGCCUCUGCCCAACGAAGCAUGGGCCUCGUUGCGCCACCGCCACCCUGGACUGAUUGUGGAAGUGGAAUUAGAGCCAGCACUCUCUGAUGAGAGCGUGACUCGUGUCUUGCAGCCUGCAAUGCCAGUGGCUGCGCUGUCUCUCUGCCUCUCUGGAGACACCGUAGGUCCCGUGCGCUUUGCAGCGCUACACUACGCGGCAACCUUGUGUGUGCUCGAGGUGCGCGCCGCCGCCUCUGCGGAGCUAGACGCUGCUCUGGAGUUGCUCGCGGCCCGCUGCUCUGGCCUUCGGGAAGUGCACUGCUUCUGCGUGGUGCGACCCUCCGUCUUGCACGCCUUCCGUGCGCACUGCCCGCGCCUGCGCAGCUACACGCUCAAGCUAAAGCGGGAGCCACAUCCCUGGAGGCCCACGCUUGUGGAGUGAAGGGGCAAGCCCUCUCCCGCCCCUGCCUGCCCUCAGCAGGUGUGUGGCCUCUGAGAUGCUACGUGCGUUUGGCCCAGCGUGCCCCAACUGCUAACCUGGUCCUUCAGGACUCUGUGGCUUCUUGUGCCUCUUGGGGAUAGCGAGAGGGUGGGGGGCAUUGCCCUGAGUCCACUUGAUGCUCUCAACUUCUGCAGACUCCGGAUGUCUCUUGAUACCCUCCUCCAAACUCCCUCCUCUGUGAAUGCUGUGCUAGCUCCCGAGGCCCCGGCCUGGGGUGGGAGAAGAGGGCACGGGCGCAGGCCAGGGGUGAGUGUAAAAUAAAUCCUGCAGUAUCUCA